AUGACAUUAUCAUCUGAUGAACAAACAUUAUUUUGUUCGGGUGUUGAUUCAGUUAUUGUUCGUAUUGAACUUGUAUCACCAAAAUCAUCAUCAUCAUCAUCAUCAUCAACAACAACAACAGCAGCAGCAGCAAAUGAUUCAACAAAACAAUGGAUUAAAACAAUAUCAAUUCAUUCUCAUACACAUGAUGUUCGUUCAUUAACAUUAAUUCCAUCACGUUUUGCAACAAUACGUAAAAAAGAAAAUAAAUUAAGUAAUAAAUUAAUGUUAAUAUCCGGUGGACUUGAUGCACGUUUACUUGUUCAUGAUAUAAUUCGUGAUAAUUCUAAACCACCUAUUUUAUGGCGAAAAUGUUUUAAUUUUACUCAACAUCAAAAUAAAAUUCAUCAAAAAGGAAAUUAUUUUCUAUUUACAUAUCGAGAUUAUAUUGAAUUAUGGUCAUUAGGAAAAGAAGGUGGUAUAAAUGAAUAUGGUGAAGAUAUACUUGAACGUGCACCAAAAAACCUUGUUCAAAUUAAAACAAAACAUCAAGCUAGAAUUGAUACUGUUGCUAUGAAAAUUAAAAAAAUCAAAGAUGAAGAACAAAUUAUUAUUGCUAUGGGAGAUACUAUUGGUUUACAUGUUUAUGUUAUUCAAGGUCUUGAUCCUCAAUCUCAAUUGAGUGUAACACCAAUAAAAACAUAUACUAAUGAACAAGAUGUUGAACAAACAUUUUCUUCAAUAACAAAUAUAAUUCAAUUACAUUUUAAUUCAUCAACAUUAUUUGCUUUAACAUCUUGUAGUCAAUUAUAUUGUUUUUCAUUAUCAUCAUAUAAACUUAAUCAU